AUGGGUCAAUCACGACGCCCCGCGGGUGGGGAGAAGAAGAGCCGUUUUGGGCGGAACAAAGCUGCCGCCGACGUUGGCGAUGGCCGGUCAGCGGGGGGCAAGCAGCAGGUCAAGAAGGCCACGUUCGAAAGUAGCAAAAAGAAGGAGAUCGGAGUGUCAGAUCUUACUCUGCUCAGCAAGAUUUCCAACGAGGCAAUCAACGACAAUCUGAAACUCCGAUUUGAACAUGACGAGAUUUAUACUUACAUUGGCCAUGUGUUGGUCUCGGUGAACCCUUUCCGCGAUUUGGGCAUCUACACCGAUCAUGUUCUCGAUUCGUACCGCGGCAAGAACCGUCUCGAAGUUCCUCCUCAUGUAUUCGGAGUCGCCGAAUCCGCAUACUAUAAUAUGAAGUCUUACAAGGAUAACCAGUGUGUUAUUAUUUCCGGAGAAUCCGGUGCCGGAAAGACGGAGGCAGCCAAGAGGAUCAUGCAAUACAUUGCCAGUGUAUCUGGCGGCGGCGAUUCGUCAAUUCAACAGACCAAGGACAUGGUGUUGGCCACUAAUCCGUUACUAGAGUCUUUCGGUAAUGCGAAAACCCUGCGCAACAAUAACUCGUCGCGAUUCGGCAAGUACCUUGAAUUGGAGUUCAAUGCCAACGGGGAGCCGGUGGGAGCCAACAUUACCAACUAUCUAUUGGAGAAAUCUCGAGUCGUUGGACAGAUCACAAACGAACGAAACUUCCACAUUUUCUACCAGCUCACAAAGGGCGCACCACAAAAGUACCGCGACACUUUCGGCCUACAACAGCCGCAAUCAUACCUUUACACGAGUCGCUCGAAGUGUUUCGAUGUGCCCGGAGUCGACGAUGUUGCCGAGUUCAAGGAUACAGUGGAUGCGAUGAAGGUCAUCGGAAUGAGCGACGCGGAGCAGGACAACGUGUUCCGCAUGCUGGCCGCAAUUCUAUGGAUCGGUAAUGUGCAAUUCAGCGAGGAUGACUCUGGUAAUGCUAUGAUUACCGAUCAGUCCGUUGUCGACUUUGUUGCCUAUCUUUUGGAAGUCGAUGCCGCUCAAGUCAACAAGGCCUUGACAAUUCGCCUGAUGGAGACCGCCCGAGGAGGCCGCCGAGGCUCUGUUUACGAGGUUCCACUUAACCAAGUCCAAGCUUCCGCUGUUCGGGACGCUUUGUCCAAGGGAAUCUACUUCAACCUGUUCGAUUGGAUUGUGGGUCGCGUUAACCAGUCCCUGACUGCUCGUGGAUCUAUCAGCAACUCGAUCGGUAUUCUGGAUAUUUAUGGAUUCGAGAUUUUCGAGAAGAAUUCCUUCGAACAACUUUGCAUUAACUACGUCAAUGAAAAGUUGCAGCAGAUUUUCAUUCAGUUGACCUUGAAAGCCGAACAGGAUGAAUAUGCUCGUGAGGAGAUCAAGUGGACGCCGAUCAAGUACUUCGACAACAAGGUGGUGUGUUCGUUGAUCGAAGACAAGCGGCCUCCUGGUGUCUUCGCUGCCUUGAACGACGCCUGCGCAACUGCCCACGCUGAUUCCAGCGCUGCGGAUAACACUUUCGUUGGCAGAUUGAACUUCCUGUCUCAAAAUCCCAACUUUGAGGGUCGCCAGGGCCAAUUCAUUGUCAAGCAUUACGCAGGUGAUGUCGCCUACGCAGUUGAGGGAAUGACCGAUAAGAACAAGGACCAGUUGCUGAAGGAUUUAUUGAACCUCGCUCAAUCGAGUAGCAAUGAAUUCGUUCACACUCUGUUCCCCAACCAGGUGAACCAAGAUGACAAGCGACGCCCGCCUACCGCUGGUGACAAGAUCAAGGCAUCUGCCAAUGAUCUUGUGGCCACGCUCAUGAAGGCGCAGCCGUCUUACAUUCGUACCAUCAAGCCCAACGAUAACAAGGCUCCCAAGGAGUACAAUGUUGGUAACGUUCUUCACCAGAUCAAGUACCUUGGUCUUCAAGAGAACGUCCGCAUUCGUCGUGCUGGUUUCGCCUAUCGUCAAACGUUUGACAAGUUCGUUGAGCGUUUCUACCUCCUAUCUCCUAAGACAUCCUACGCCGGUGACUACACGUGGACUGGUGAUGUGGAAACUGGUGCCAAGCAGAUCUUGAAGGAUACCCGUAUUCCCGCCGAGGAAUACCAAAUGGGUAUUACCAAGGUGUUCGUCAAGACUCCCGAGACGCUGUUUGCGCUUGAAGCUAUGCGUGAUAAGUACUGGCAUAACAUGGCCAUUCGAAUCCAACGCGCUUGGAGAAACUACCUCCGGUACCGCAUCGAAUGUGCGAUCCGUAUCCAGCGCUUCUGGCGCCGCAUGAACGGUGGCCUCGAGCUGAUCAAGGUUCGUGACCAAGGUCAUCAGAUUUUACAAGGCCGUAAGGAGCGUCGCAGAAUGAGUUUGCUGGGAUCGCGUCGCUUCCUAGGCGAUUACCUUGGCGUCGGUAACGCUGGCGGUCCUGGUGAAAUGGUCCGCAAUGGUGCAAACAUCAGCAGUUCAGAAGAUAUUGUGUUCUCUUGCCGUGCCGAGCUCUUGGUUUCCAAGUUUGGUCGUUCCAGCAAGCCUGUUCCUCGGAUUCUGGUAUUGACGAACCGUCAUAUCUACAUUGUGUCGCAGAGCAUCGUCAACAACCAGCUUGUCAUCGCGUCAGAACGAACGGUCCCUGUUGGAGCUGUUAAGAGUGUCAGCACUUCGACUCUCAAAGAUGACUGGUUCUCCCUGGUCAUCGGAGCCCAGGAGCCUGACCCUCUUCUCAACUGUGUCUUCAAGACCGAGUUCUUUACUCACCUCUCUACCGUGUUGCGUGGCGCUUUCACUUUGAAGGUCGGAGAAAGCAUUGAAUACAACAAGAAGCCUGGCAAGUUGGCCAUGGUCAAGGUGGUCAAGGACCCGGCUGCUGGAAAUGUGGACAGUUACAAGAGUAGCACAAUCCACACCAGUGCUGGUGAACCUCCCAGCUCUGUUUCCAAGCCCACCCCGCGAGCAAAGGCAGUUGCUGCUCGUCCGGUCACCAAGGGCAAGCUUCUCCGUCCCGGUGGCCCUGGUGGCGGUCCCUCGAAGCUGUCCCAGGCUGCUCGCAGACCUGUCCCUGCCGCGCAACCUCUUCCACGGCCCACCCCCAGCCCGCAGCAGUACCGCAGCCUGCCCAGCCGCGGGUCAGCCCCGCCACCACCUCCCCCUGCGGCCCCUCCAGCGGCGAAGAAGCCCACUGCCAAGGUCAAGUAUGACUUUAACAGCGACCGGGCCAACGAGCUUUCUGUCCGCACUGGCGAAGUUGUACAGAUUGUGUCCAAGGAAGGAAAUGGCUGGUGGCUGUGCAUGAACACAUCAACCUCUGCUCAAGGCUGGGCCCCCGAAGCCUAUCUUGAAGAAGUCGCUGCCGCUCCCACGCCUAAACCCGCACCACCCCCGCCCCCCGCGGCACCCCGCGCAACUCCCAGUCCUACUCCCAAUGGCGCAGCCGCUGCCGCCAAGAGCAAGCCCGCCCCUCCAGCCCCUCCCGCCAAGCGACCCAACAUGGCCGGCCGCAAGCCCGCGCCCCCACCAGCACCCAGGGAUAGCACGACGAGCAUGAACUCAGGUGACUCCUCUGGUGCCAGUGGGCGCGGCACACCCAACAGCACAUCGAACGCAAGUCUCGCAGGCGGUCUCGCCGAGGCGCUGCGGGCGCGACAGACCGCAAUGCAGGGCAAACACGACGAUGAUGACGAGUGGUAG